AUGGCGACAGAACAAGAAAUUACAAUGGUUACAUUGGGACGGCCAUUCCAUUUAGGUAUGCUCUAUGAUGUUCGUCGUGAUAAGUUAAUCACUGGAGUAACUCUGUGGGAUCCACAGACCUUGGCGAAUCAUACAAUCACCUAUAAACAACCGUAUACUAGCUAUGAAAUAAUUACUGAAGAUUCAUUACAAGAAAAGGCACGUGCUUUAGGAGUUGAAGCUAGUUUAAAACUAAGUCUGCUUGUCGGUCUAAUGAGUGCUUCAGGUUCUGCAAAAUAUGCUGAGGAUUAUCAAAGAACAAAUCAUGAAGCUCGUCUGACACUAAAAUAUUCAACUACAACGCAUUUUCAACAGUUAACAAUGAAACAUCUUGGUAAAGGUAAUCUAGAUCAUCCAGAUUUACAUGAUGAAAAUCGUGCUACACAUGUUGUUACUGGUGUCCUUUAUGGUGCUGAAGCAUUUUUUAUAUUUGAUCGUACAAUAUCGAAUAGUGAAUCUAAAAAAGAAGUUAGUGGUGGAUUACAAGCAAUUCUUGGCAAUUCAAUAUUUAAAACCCAAGGUGUGGAAACAAAUUUAAAUUUGACCAAGGAAGAAAAGAAUUUCACCGAUAAGUUACAUUGUAAAUUUUAUGGUGAUUUUCGUUUGAACAAAAAUCCAGAUACCUUUGAUGAAGCUGUUACAAUUUAUCGCCGAUUGCCGUCAUUAUUAGGUGUAAAUAAUAUAAACGCUAUACCAAAAAAGGCCUGGCUAUAUCCAUUACAUCUUUUGGAUAAUAAAGCAAUGCGAACUGUUCGAGAAAUUUCAUCCAAUCUGAUUGAUUAUUCAAUAAAGGUGAUUGAAGAUCUUCAUGCUUUGGAAGUGAGAUCAUUAGAUUUAUCAAUGAGUAAGAUAUUUACACAUUUUAACUAUAUGAAAACACAUUUACUGGAUUUUGCCGCUCGAUUGGCGGAAAUUCAACGUGAUUUAAAAAGAGAGAUUGCAUUGAAUCUACCAAAACUACGCGGGAAUACUAGUAUUUCAGAAUCUGUUUUAUUUAAUGUGUUUAAAAAAGUGAAUUCGUCGCCAUUCAAUAAGCGAACAUUGGAAUUAUGGCUCAAAGAAAAGGAAGAAGAAAUCGCAUUAAUGACAACAUGGCUCGAAAACCUUGCCAAUGACAAGACCUUAAAUAUUACGAUUAAAUCAUCAUCGCUAAUUGAAGUCAUUGGUGACACUAAAUAUGAUUAUAUUUUCUGCCUAUCAUUUCGUUUCAUUGAGGAAAAUGAUCCUCAACUUACUAAUAUGGAGAAUUAUUUACAUAAUAAGAACAGUUUUAACUCAUCGACUACUCGUAAAGAACACAUCGCAUGGUUUAGAAAUAGUCGUAGUAUGACAAAAUUUCGUAAAUAUUUGCGACAAUUCAAAGAGUUUGCUGAAGCAAACAAUAUUGAAAAUGCAAACAUAAAAUUUAUCGUCAAUGAAGAAUAUUCGGUUCAACAUAUUAAAACUGUUAAGCUUGUUCUUUACGAUGAUGGAUCAGAAAAAAGUGGCUUUAUUAUACCAAAUAAACCAGAUGCACCAUAUGCAAUAUCUGUUACAGACAAAAAUGUAACAUUAGCAUGGUCGGAUGUAGCAAGUGGAACCGAAAAUGUGCAGAAGUACAAAGUUAUGUAUCAGAAAUAUCGUGGUAAAAAUCAAAGUGAGGAGGAAGAGCAAUGGGCUGAAGAGUACACAAAUACUAGUCGCAAGAAGAUAAUCAUUUCGAAUCUGCCACCAAGCACAAAAUUUGUAUUCAAAGUGCAAUCUAUAACUGCAAUUGGACUUAGUGCAAUCAGUGCAUGUAGCAAACCCAUAGAAACACUGGCAAAUAAAGGAAGAAAAAAUGUACCGACUUGUACGGACGGUGUGAAGAAUCAAGACGAAGCAGACGUCGAUUGUGGUGGUACAAUUUGUUCGAAAAAAUGUGAUCUGUGUAAAGUUUGCUCUAAACACACGGACUGUGUUACUGCAAAUUGCAAUUCAAAAUUAAAUACAUGUCAAGCACCGACUUGUACGGAUGGUAUGAAGAAUCAAGAUGAGACCGACGUCGAUUGCGGUGGUGAAAUUUGCUCGUCAAAAUGUUUAUCUCAGCAAGAUUAACCAAAAUUCAGCAGAUGGAAACAAAAUGGCAUCACUGUGGCUGGUGGAAAUGGCGAAGGACAAGAAUUAAAUCAGCUCAAUAGCCCUCGCGGAAUCUUUAUUAAUAAAAAGAAAAAUAUUUUCAUUGCUGAUUAUGAGAAUCAUCGCAUUGUUGAAUGGAAAUAUAAUGCAAAGGAAGGGCAAAUCAUUGCAGGCGGAAAUAAAGGAGGAGGUCGAAUAAAUCAAUUGAAUAUGCCAACAGACGUGAUUGUUGAUCAACGAAAUCAUUCGAUCAUCAUUGCUGAUCGUUGGAAUCGACGAGUGAUACAAUGGUUGAAUGAAGAGCAAUUAAUUCUCAUUCACAAAAUUAACUGUUACGGUUUGGCAAUGGAUAAACAUGGAUUUCUUUAUGUUUCUGAUUGGGCGAAGAAUGAAGUGAGACGUUGGAAAAUGGGAGAAUAUAACAAUGAAGGAAUUGUAGUAGCAGGUGGAAACGGUGAAGGAGAUCAACUUAAUCAAUUAAAUUGUCCUACAUUUAUGUUUGUUGAUGAACACCAAUCUGUUUAUAUAACAGAUAACAGCAAUCAUCGUGUGAUGAAAUGGAGAAAAGAUGCAAAAGAAGGAAUAAUUGUAGCUGGAGGAAAUGGUCAAGGAAAAAAUCUCAAUCAAUUGUCGAAACCUCAAGGAGUAAUUGUUGAUGAUUUGGGUCAAAUCUAUGUGGCAGAUUGGUGGAAUGAUCGAAUAAUGCGUUGGUAUGAAGGAUAUGAAGAAGGUGAAAUUGUUGUUGCUAAAGAUGGUCAAGAAAAUCAACCAAAUCAGUUUAAUGGUCUCACAGGUCUAUGUUUUGAUGAUGAAGGAAAUCUUUAUGUUGCUGAUGAGUUGAAUAAUCGAGUUGAAAAAUUUGAAAUAAUUUUUUAA